AUGGAUAAAAAUCUGUUGGAAGACCAGCGAUAUGCCCAAAGCAAAUCUCCCAGACGCAGCUGGUGGAUGAUACUCUGCGCCGCCUUGACUAUUGGCUGGUUUGCUUGGCCGUAUGUUGGUUGCUCACCUCCACUUAGCAUCGAGGACCGAGUGGAGCGAAUCUUAUCGCAGACUCCCUUGAUCGAUGGCCAUGAUGAUUUUCCCAUCUUCGUUCGGGAAGUCUUCCACAAUCGCAUCAAUGAUCGCAAUUUCACUGAUGCCUUUGUCAAUGGCACGCUGCCCGGCCAUGUGGAUAUCCCUCGACUGAAGCAGGGUCGCGUUGGUGGUACAUUUUGGAGUGUUUUUGUGCCAUGCCCUACCGAUGGAGCCAACUUCUCCGAUGAGAAUUAUGCAGCAAGUGUGCGUGAGACGAUGGAACAGGUGGAUGUUAUGUCGCGUGUUCAGCGAGCCUAUCCCCAUAUCUUCUCGACUCCUCCAAAUGGCACCACAGCCUUGUCCGCUUUCCGCGAGGGAAAGAUCAUCUCGCCCAUGGGCAUCGAGGGCCUGCACUCCAUUGGAAACUCCCUUGCACACCUCCGGAUCUUCUAUGAACUGGGCGUCUCCUAUGCAACCCUAACACACAAUUGUCACAAUCGGUAUGCCGAUGCCGCUCUUCUUGAAGUCCCAGGAGGCAUCAAAACGGCCGAACCUCUCUGGCACGGCGUCAGCGAAGAUGGGAAGAAGCUGGUUGGGGAGAUGAACCGUCUCGGAAUGAUUGUCGAUCUGGCGCAUGUAAGCGCAGAGACCAUGCGUGAUGUCUUGGGCGCUGGAAAGUCCGAGUGGAUUGGCAGCCGUGCCCCCGUGAUAUACAGCCACAGCUCCGCCUAUGCACUUUGCCCACACCCACGUAACGUACCCGAUGAUAUUCUGGAGCUGGUGCGUGAGAAGAACUCUUUAGUUAUGGUUAACUUUUCACCGGACUUCAUUUCCUGUACGCCCUCUGAUCGUGAUGACGGAAUCCCAGACGAGGACACCGAGCAUGCCACUUUAGAACGUGUCGCCGACCAUAUCAUUCACAUUGGCGAGCUCGUCGGGUUUGAACAUGUUGGAAUAGGCAGCGACUUUGAUGGGAUUCCGACGGUUCCUCGUGGGCUUGAAGAUGUUUCCAGAUUUCCAAGUCUGAUCGCAGAACUGUUGAAACGGGGAGUAAGCGAUGCAGAUGCAAGCAAAGUGACAGGUGGCAACUUGCUCAGAGUCUGGGCGGAUGUUGAUAAAGUAGCUCUCCAAAUGCAGGCUGAGGGAGUGCCUCCUGCGGAAGACUAG